AUGCAUCUAUCCUUGCCCAAAUCGAUAUUUGUUCUAUUCUCCGCCCUACCCCUGGCAUGGGCCGCUCCAGCAUGUAGCCUGGUGCCUCCGCCAAAGGCCUCUGCAGUCAGCCAUGCCUCAACUGUUAACAACGUCCCUGAAGAAGUCCUCGCUACCGCCUGGUAUCCUGGCUGGCUCGGAGACAAGUUCCCUCCAAGCAAGAUUUCUUGGGAUAAAUUCAACGCCAUGACCUUUGCCUUUGCGGUGACUACUCCCGAUCCGUCUGUUAUAUCUCUAGACGAUGUUAGCAAGAAGACUCUUCCAGAGAUGGUCAGCGCCGCGCGUGCGCAGGGUGUCAGCCCAUCUCUAUCUAUUGGUGGAUGGACCGGUUCCAUUUACUUCUCGAGCGCGGUGGCCACACCCCAGAAUCGCUCGGCCUUUGUGAAAGCAGUUGUUGGUUUGGCAAAUACAUACCAACUCGACGGUAUCGAUUUCGACUGGGAGUAUCCCAACAAGCAGGGGAUUGGUUGCAACAUUAUAUCGCCAGAUGACUCCGCCAACUUUCUUUCUUUCCUACAAGAGCUACGCAAAGAUCCCGUUGGCUCCAAUCUCACGAUCUCUGCAGCUGUGGGCUUGACUCCGUUCAUGGGACCCACUGCCCCCAUGACCGAUGUCUCCCCCUUUGCUGAUGUCCUAGAUCACAUCGCCAUCAUGGCGUACGAUAUCUGGGGCUCGUGGUCGAACACGGUCGGACCCAACGCUCCACUGGACGAUUCUUGCGCCCCCACUCAAGCCGGCUCAGCGACUUCAGCAGUCAAGGCAUGGACGGCGGCUGGCUUCCCUGCCAACAAGAUCGCGUUGGGCAUCGCAGCGUAUGGCCACAGCUUCCACGUCCAAGCCAACGCGGCUCUCGACGGAUCGGGUGGAAUCCAAGUGUCGUCGGCGUUCGAUAAAGGCCAGCAACCUAAGGGUGACUCGUGGGAUACGGCCGACGGGACUACUGUUGACCAGUGUGGAAACCCGGAAGCUACGAGUGGAGUGUUUAACUUUUGGGGCUUGGUAGAAGGUGGAUUUUUGAAUAAUAAUGGAACUGCGGCUAGUGGUAUCGACUACCGCUUUGAUAACUGCAGUCAAACGCCAUUCGUAUAUAACCCUGCUACGCAAGUCAUGGUGGCUUAUGACGACGCGACAUCGUUCGCUGCCAAAGGCAAAUUCAUCAACGAUCAAGGUCUUAAAGGUUUUGCCUUGUGGAAUGCUGCCGGCGAUUUCAACGACAUUCUCCUCACUUCAAUCAGCGACGCCAUGGGAAUCGAGACAGAAUGCUGA